GUUCUGGUGCUUCAACAUAGAUACACCAGACGCACAAUCAAGAUUUAGCCAUUGAAAUGACUUCGUGAUUGCCUGCCUUAUAUUGAGGACGAAAUCAACACUCUUUCCAAUCACGAUUACACGCCCCCAAGUUCGCGGCAGUUUCCCAUAUCGCCUCGAACCCCACUGAGAGGAGCUAGGACCGCAAACUCUUGGCAAGAACUCUGUGAAUGCUAAACAUAGUUUCUUGACGCGCCUAGACCCCGCCAUUGCCGCGACAACUCGAUGUUGGGUACUUUAAUUGAAUUUCUUCGGCCCAAGGUGUAAUAUAGCACGCGAAGCAAGCCCAUCCACAUCACUGGAAAUACGAUUUUAUCCACUCGGCAACGCUUCGAUCCAGUCUCCACUCUCCCACCUCCACCCUUGCGCGCUCUCCAUUCUACCACGAUGGCUGGAAUGAAGGGCCAGAAGCGAUCGCGACGCGCUGCCAAGGCGAGCGACGACGACAGCGAGGUCGACGUCCCCAAGACGAGCAAGGCCAAGAAGACGAAGACGUCCGCCUCUCUUGAUUCGGGAAAGGAUUCCGAGGGCAAUCCGUACUGGGGUCUUAGUGUCAAACGGCGAGUUAAUAUCUCCGAGUUCAAUGGUAGCCAGUAUAUUAGCAUCCGAGAGUACUGGAUUGACAAUAAUGGCGAUAUCAAGCCGAGCAAGAAGGGCAUCUCCCUGCCUAUCGAUCAGUAUAAAGUGUUUCUGAAGGCAAUUCCCGCCAUCAAUGCCGAGCUGGCAACUAUGGGGCACGAGAUUGGCGACGUCUCGUCCAGUGCUCCAGAUGUGCCACCGUCCAAGUCUAGCUCCACCAAGGAGAAGUCUUCCAAGAAGGCCAAGAAGGCCAAGAAGGCAAAUAUCGAGGCUACCAGUGAAGAAGAGGUAGAAGAGGAAGAAGAGGAAGAAGAAGAAGAAGAAGAAGAGGAGGAGGAAAAUUAG